GAGAGGAUUAGCAUCAUGGUGAUCCUGCUCAACUGUGUGACACUGGGCAUGUACCAGCCCUGUGAGAACAUCGACUACUCGGACCGCUGCCAGAUUCUGCAGGCCUUCGAUGCGUUCAUCUACAUCUUCUUCGCGUUGGAGAUGGUGGUGAAGAUGGUGGCGCUUGGGAUCUUUGGCCGUCGCUGUUACCUGGGAGACACCUGGAACAGGCUGGACUUCUUCAUCGUCAUGACUGGGAUGGUGGAAUACUCGCUGGACCUGCAGAAUAUCAACCUGUCGGCCAUUCGGACGGUGAGGGUUCUUCGGCCGCUCAAAGCCAUCAACAGAGUACCAAGUAUGCGGAUCCUGGUGAACCUGCUGCUCGACACUCUGCCCAUGCUGGGCAACGUGCUGUUGCUCUGCUUCUUCGUCUUCUUCAUCUUCGGCAUCAUCGGCGUGCAGCUGUGGGCGGGGCUACUGAGGAACCGCUGCUACCCGGAGAAGAACUUCACUCUGUCGUCAGGUAUGACUCUUCCAACUCCGUACUAUCAGCCGGAGGAGGACGAUGAACGCCCCUUCAUCUGCUCCUUGCCGUCUGACAAUGGCAUCAUGUCGUGUACCGAUGUGCCGGCGAGGCGCGAAGGAGGCCGCACCUGCUGCCUGGACAAGGAGGAUGCGCUCCACAGACAAGCUCUGGGCCUGAGUCUGGAGCCGCUGACCAACGGCAGUGGUGCAGGUGAAGCGAUGGGUCUGUGUAUCAACUGGAACCAGUAUUACACUCGCUGCCACACAGGGAACAGUAACCCUCACAAAAGUGCCAUCAACUUUGACAACAUCGUCUACGCCUGGAUUGUCAUUUUUCAGGUGAUCACUCUGGAGGGCUGGGUGGAGAUCAUGUACUACGUGAUGGAUGCUCACUCCUUCUACAACUUCAUCUACUUCAUCUUACUCAUCAUUAUUGGUUCGUUCUUCAUGAUCAACCUGUGCCUGGUGGUCAUCGCCACCCAGUUCUCUGAGACCAAACAGCGGGAGCACCAGCUGAUGCAGGAGCAAAGGGCUCAGUGCCUGUCCUCCUCCACGUUGGCCAGCAUGGCUGAGCCGGGAGAUUGCUACGAGGAGAUCUUCCAGCUGGUCUGCCACGUCCUCCGCAAGGCUAAGAGGAGAUCCACAGCUCUCUACUACACGCUGAGGGGCAAGCCCCCGCCAGCUGGUGGAGGCAGGGGUAACAGGCGCGCCGGAGGGAAGAUGAACGGAGAGCGGCAUCACUCCAGACACCCAAAAUCAUCCCACUGUCCACACCAGAGCAAGCAAGACCACGGCUCUCAGACAGAAGCCAACUCCAUCAGUCUGUCUGUCCCUCAAAAUCCAGAGGACUGCCCCAUAUGUGCGCUGUCGCUGAAAGACGGGGCAAGGGCAGCGGGAGACUCUGACAACCGCGAGGAGGACGAGGAGGAUGCUGUGAAAGAAACGGACAAGGAAGAGAACCACUUAGAGGAGAGGGGAGAAGGGGAGAAGAAGAAGAAGAAGAAGAAGAGGAGGACGUGCUUCGGACUCUGUAGGGACCUUUGGAAGGGUAUGAGGAGGAAACUUUGGGGCAUUGUGGAGAGCAAGUACUUCAGCCGGGGCAUCAUGAUCGCCAUUCUCAUCAACACCAUCAGUAUGGGCAUCGAGCAUCAUAACCAGCCCGAGGAGCUGACCAACGUCCUGGAGAUCUGCAACAUCGUCUUCACCAGCAUGUUCACGCUGGAGAUGAUCCUCAAGCUGACUGCGUUCGGCUUCUUUGAGUACCUGAGGAACCCCUACAACAUAUUUGAUGGCAUCAUUGUUAUCAUCAGUGUGUGUGAAAUCAUCGGCCAAGCAGACGGCGGCCUGUCAGUGCUGAGGACCUUCCGGCUGCUGAGGGUCAUUAAGCUGGUGAGGUUCAUGCCUGCACUGAGGCGGCAGCUGGUGGUGCUGAUGAAGACGAUGGACAACGUGGCCACCUUCUGUAUGCUGCUCAUGCUGUUCAUCUUCAUCUUCAGUAUCCUGGGGAUGCAUAUAUUUGGCUGCAAGUUCAGUCUGAAGACAGAGGCCGGAGACACGGUGCCCGACAGGAAGAACUUUGACUCCCUGCUCUGGGCCAUUGUCACUGUCUUUCAGAUUCUGACUCAGGAGGACUGGAACAUGGUGCUCUACAACGGCAUGGCCUCCACCUCCCCCUGUGCUGCUCUCUAUUUUGUGGCUCUCAUGACGUUUGGAAACUAUGUGCUCUUCAACUUACUGGUCGCCAUCUUGGUUGAGGGCUUCCAAGCUGAGGGCGACGCAAACCGCUCCUACUCGGAAGAUGACAGGUCCUCCUGUAAUUUUGAGGAGACUGAAAAGCAGAAAGACUCUCUGCAGCUCUCAGACCCAAAGAUCUGUACGCUGACCCCCAAUGGGCACAUGGACUUGUCCUCCCUGCCUGCUGGUCUGUUUCCAGGAGAGAGGUUGACCUUUGCUCUUGGCUCCAGGAAGAAUAGCGCUAUUUCUCUUGGCAGGGCCAACCUGGAGCAGAGGGCUUUGUAUCCCUGUCGGCGUUACCACAACUGGGGACGCACGCUGCCUCACCACCCUCAGGCCCUGUGGGCCCGUCGUUCCAGCUGGAACAGCCUGGGAGGCGGCCGGCCUUGUUCUUCCUCAUCUCCCUGCGCCAGUCCAUCCUUCACUCCCACUUCCGCAAGGCCCUUCUAUGGCUACGGCCUAGGUGGUCUGGGAGGGUUGGUUGGAGGGAGCCUGCGUAUCCGUGGUCCCCGUGCCUCGUCAUCCCCGCACCGACACUUCCAUGGCGUCCACCCAGACGAGGAGGAGGCUCUGCUCUCUCCUCCCGCUGUUGCUUCCCACUCUCUUCACCUCCCCCACCCUAUGCUCCCAGGUCACUUUGUACCCAGGAGGGACCGCAGAGCUCUAUCACUGGAGCUGCCCCACCUGCUGCAGGUGCCGGGACCCCCACACCCUCCACCACUGCCGCCGCCGCCACACCACCUACCGCCCCCCAUGGCACUCCACAGGAAGAAGAGCGUCUCUGGUGGGAUGAUAAUCAGCGCAGGUGGUGGCGGUGGCCUCGACAGUCUGGGUGGGUUAGGGGGGGUCCACCAGGACUGUAACGGGAAGACGCCGCUGUCUCAGCUUCUCCAGCCCCCAACUAGACACCAGACCGAGCAGGCCGGAGGGGCGGACCCCCAGAGCCAGCUGAUGACUGACGUCUUCCCCCAGGUGAACGCGCGCAGCAAGGACCGGGAGGACCUGGAUGAUGACAUCGAAUAUAGCUUGUGCUUCCGCAUCCAGAAGAUGUUAGAGGCGUACAGACCGGACUGGUGUGAGAGCAGAGAGGACUGGUCCGUCUUCCUGUUCUCCCCACAGAACAAGUUCAGGCAGAUAUGCCAGUCGAUUAUAGCCCAUAAGCUGUUUGACUAUGUGGUGCUGGCCUUCAUCUUCUCCAACUGCAUCACGGUAGCUCUGGAGAGGCCCAAGAUAUUACAGGGCAGCUUGGAAAGAGUCUUUCUCACCAUCUCCAACUACAUCUUUACGGCCAUCUUCGUGAGCGAGAUGACUCUCAAGGUGGUCUCCAUGGGUCUGUAUGUGGGUGACCAGGCUUACCUGCGGAGCAGCUGGAACGUCCUGGAUGGCUUCCUGGUGUUUGUGUCUUUGAUCGACAUCGUUGUGUCCAUGGCGGGUGGGGCCAAGAUCCUGGGGGUGCUUCGAGUCCUCAGGUUGCUCAGGACAUUGCGUCCUCUCAGGGUGAUCAGCAGAGCUCCGGGUCUGAAGCUGGUGGUGGAGACCCUCAUCACUUCCCUCAAGCCCAUUGGCAACAUCGUCCUCAUCUGCUGUGCUUUCUUCAUCAUCUUUGGUAUUCUCGGUGUACAGCUGUUUAAAGGCAAGUUCUUCUACUGCUUCGGCCCCGACGUCAAGAACAUUACCAACAAGUCUGACUGUCUGCAAGCCAACUACAAGUGGGUUCACCACAAGUACAACUUUGACAACCUGGGACAGGCUCUGAUGUCCCUGUUUGUCCUUGCCUCCAAAGACGGCUGGGUUAACAUCAUGUAUCACGGCCUGGAUGCUGUUGCUGUGGACCAACAGCCGGUGACCAACAACAACCCGUGGAUGCUGCUGUAUUUCAUCUCCUUCCUGCUCAUCGUCAGCUUCUUCGUCCUGAACAUGUUUGUCGGCGUGGUGGUGGAGAACUUCCACAAGUGCCGCCAGCACCAGGAGGUGGAGGAGGCCAAGAGGCGAGAGGAGAAGCGUCAGCGGCGCAUGGAAAAGAAGAGGAGGAAAGCCCACAAGCUGCCGUACUACGCCAGCUACUGCAACGUGCGCCUGAUGAUCCACACACUGUGCACAAACCACUACCUGGACCUCAUCAUCACCUUCAUCAUCUGCAUCAACGUCAUCACCAUGUCCCUCGAGCACUUCAAUCAACCUCACUCUCUGGAUCUCGCCCUGAAGUACUGCAACUAUUUCUUCACCUCCACUUUUGUUUUGGAGUCUGUGCUCAAACUCAUCGCCUUCGGCUUUCGACGCUUCUUCAAAGAAAGGUGGAACCAGUUGGACCUGGCCAUUGUGCUUCUGUCCGUGAUGGGCAUCAUUCUGGAGGAGAUUGAGAUCAGCUCCGCUCUGCCCAUCAACCCCACCAUCAUCAGAAUCAUGAGAGUACUGAGGAUAGCACGAGUGCUAAAGCUGCUGAAGAUGGCGACAGGAAUGAGGGCCCUGUUGGAUACGGUGGUCCAAGCCCUGCCUCAGGUGGGUAACCUGGGCUUGCUCUUCAUGCUGCUGUUUUUCAUCUACGCCGCCUUAGGAGUAGAGCUUUUCGGAGAACUAGUUUGCAAUGCGGACUACCCAUGUGAGGGUAUGAGUCGUCACGCUACUUUUGAGAACUUUGGCAUGGCCUUCCUUACCUUGUUUCAAGUCUCCACGGGCGACAACUGGAAUGGCAUCAUGAAGGACACAUUGCGGGAGUGCCCGCCCGACCACGGCACCGACAUGGACUACGCCUGCAAUCCGAGCCUUCAGUUUAUCUCGCCCAUGUAUUUUGUCUCCUUCGUGCUCACCGCCCAGUUCGUGCUCAUCAAUGUGGUGGUGGCUGUGCUGAUGAAGCACCUGGACGACUCCAACAAGGAGGCCCAAGAGGAGGCGGAGAUGGAUGCAGAAAUUGAGCUGGAGCUGGCCCAGGGCACCCUCUGUUGCAUGGGCGCCCCCAGUUGCGGGGGUGGGGGGGUGGAGAAGGGACUGGUCGUCGCAGGAUCAGGGCCCGGAGGCCCGGCAGGAGGCCGGGAGAGAGGAGACGGCCGAGGAGAAGCAGGGAGGAAGAUGAGGCAUGCAGCAGCCACUGCACACCAAGGACUGUACAACUCCCGCAGCUCCAGUCGGACCCUUUACUCACCAGCACAAGAGAGCCAGUGGCUGGACAGCGUUUCUCUCCUGAUCAAGGACACGCUAGAGGGGGAGAUGCUGAUGAUCGACAACCUCUCUGGCUCUGUCUUCCACCACUACUCCUCCCCUGCACCCAUCUGCAAAGACUGCAAGAGCCACCCGCAAGAGCAGAUCAGGAUGGCAGAGAUUGAGCAGGCGUCUCUGAAAUCAGAGCAGCUGUCGGACAAGUCUUCGUCCCCUGCGCUGCCAGACGACCUGAGCCUGGACGAGAACACUUCCUACCAGCUGCUGGCGCGAGGGGGCAAGGGAAGUAGCAGCAGUGACUCUGAGGAGGCCGGAGGUGGAGGCCACCAGACUCGAACCGUGGUGCAGAGUCAGGUGCAGGGGCUGGGUCAGCCCUGCAGGGCCCUCUGCACUGGUUCUGAGAUGGACACCACUCUUCAGGAGAUGGACCUGCAAACACACCAAGCACACAUGCGUUCACCUCACUGCAGCCCCGGUGGCGUUUCAAGGAGCAGCAACAAGGACAGAAACAAAGAAGGAGCAGGAGGAGACAGAGGCAUUUCUCCUCUCUUCCAUCUGCCUGCAGAGUUCUUCCACCCCGCAGGAGUAAUCAUCCCAGCGCCUCCCCGCAGUAGGAGCCUAAGGUUGACAAGGAGCCAUAAGCUGACUUCCCCAGCCUCCUGGGCUUCACUCCGCUCCCCGGGAGCCCAUAGAGAGAUGCUCUGUACACAGUUCCCGUCCCACAGUGACUCGUCCCUUGCUACAGGCAGCUCUGAAGGUAGCCUCCAGACCACCCUGGAAGAGGGACUGAGCUUCAGCAUCUCUCCGCCACAGAACUUGGAGCUGCCACUGCCAACAGCUCCCUUACCACUUGUGUGCCCUCUCCCAUUGCCUGAAGAUAGGACUAUCCUCUCCUCCCCGGUCCAGACCCUGAGACCAAGGUCCAGUCCCUCGUCAGCUUUAACCCUUCAGGCCACCAGGGGCCACCAGCGGAGCCAGAGCAGCGGGCGAGGUAGCACCAGCCCAUGCUACACCCGCGACGACUCCAUUGACCCUUCAGAUGAAGACCUAGGUAUAGGCAUUGGAUCGUCAAUUGGUGGUUGUGGCUCCAGCCAAGCGGGCAACAGUGAACACUUGUCAGAGACACUGAGCAGCUUGUCACUGACAUCACUGCUGUCCCCCAGCUCCCUGGUGUACCCUGGAGGAGCAGUGAAGAAGUGCAACAGCACAGGCAGCCUGGACCAAGGGGGGGUGUUGCUGUCAUCCCGGGGCAAGGAUGGCCGCAGGGAGAUUCUAGGCCUGGAGCUUAUGGACCCCCAGGGCUUCUUGGCCAAUCCCUGGACAGGGGCAUUAGUCGAUAAAAGAAGAGGAGACGGAAGUGUGGAAAUAGGAGUUGGAGAAGAAGGAUUCAAAGGGAAGAGCUCAAGCCAAACAACCGUGGGGCCUUGUCGAAAAAACAGAUGAAACCUGCUGUAAGCUCCUCCUUUGUCUCUCCAUUCCUUGGAUCUAAACCCAUUGCCGUCCCUCUCACUCUCUCUGCUCUCCUCAGUGAGAGAGAGGCUCGAUGACACAUGAUGUCCCGUGUUCCAAAACCCAACCCUCAUCCUGCCCCUUCAACCCCUUUCUAUACAUUUGUGACAAGCCCAUGUCCCAUUUUGAGCUGCCUAGGGGAGUGGCCUCGGUUGCGAUCUGCUGAUGAGAAAGUGGCCUGCGGAGUUGAGGCCCAAUCGCUGAAGAUCGGUCCUGAUAUCAUCUUAGCGGCUGUACCUAUGGAGGAGGCUGUGGAAGGUUCUGCCUCACAUUGGAAGACGCAAGAAAGAGCCUUGUUGUUGCUCGACUGUAGUUACCUCUCCUCCAUGUCGGUUCACCGAGGUUUAAAAUGCAAAAACAGAAGCACCCAAACUGAAACAGCUAUCAACGCCAACAGAGACUGCUUUGAUUCGUUUAUGUCUCAGAGGCAGUGCAGCAUGCAAGUGGGCGGAGGCUCAGAGAUGGAGGAAUAUAUAAAGGUGGAAGUAAGCCUGGGAACGGAGAAGGCAGGUCAUUUGUUUGGCUGGGAAAGCAGAAAGCGGAUCUAAUGUCCAUCUGCUCUGGCAGACGGAAACAACAGGUCCUACUCACUCCGGCACAGGACCUUCUGCUGGGUUCAGAUAUGUGAGGUGGAGGAGAGUUCAAGAGUGUGUGCUCACAGUGUGUGCUUGUGUGUGAGAGCACUGCCUCAGGUAUCCAAGGCAUGACUUAAAUCCUUAUCAUCACCUCACCAUACCUCUGUAUUUUUUUGGGAAAAGGGGAUAGGUAUUGACUGAUCAAAGCUUUGUGCCUCUGUCAACUUGGUCUUGAGUGGCAGUGGAAAAAUGAAAAGAAAUGAUUGCAUGGACUGGUUCGUGAAAUUGGUUAUUUUUCUUUCAAUCGCUCAGACAUGAAGAAGUGAGUGUGAAAAAUGGCGUGGAUAGAUGGAGCUUUACAAACCCCAUCCGGGGAAACAAUAACGGAUUCCUUGAGGCAGCCUUGUGUGCACCAACGCAUGGUUAAUAAAGUGGGACUUUGAGCACACUCCCGUUUGACAGCACCUCCUAUCAACAGGCUUAAGGAUUUGAAAUGAACAGACGACACCACAAGAGUCGCGAGGGACCUUGACUGCAUGAUGGACUUGCAUUUAACCAAGAGUUUUAUCUAUAUACAGAAGUGUAUCAAGAUGUCAAUGUUGGGUGAUAACCAUGUGAUUUCUAUUCCACUAUUUUUGUAGAAAAAAAGAGAAUAGGCACGUGCAAGUGUUGCCGUUACUUUGUCCCAACUUAAUUUAACCCAUCUGGUCUUUGACUUGUUUUCUAGGACUUUUUGUCUGCCAGUGGCUUCCAGUUUUAUACCAUUUUUUAAAGGUUUGGACAGUGUAUAAACAACGAAGCAAAAAAUUUCAAACGAACUUUGUGCGCUGAAGUGAUUGUUCCCUCCAGCACAUUUCUCUUUGGGAACAUUGGUUCCUUGUAGGUUUUUUUUUUUUUUCAGAUGUUGGGAGUCCCAGAGGACAACCGGAGAUGGGGACAGCCAUAUUCACUUAGCACAUGAGGAUCGCUCUAGCUCACAGACAUUACCGGCUGCACACAGGGAGCUUUGUUUGCUUUUCAGCCUCCUCUGCUAAAAUCCACGAAUAGCGAAAACCAUCUCUGUCAAAGCUUUAAUUUGAGUGUUACACCACAACAUAUCGAUUAUGGACACAUUUGUGUUCCUUGAGCAUGGUUCUGGGAUUGCAAUACAGAUUUUUUUUCCUAAUGCACUCAUCUUCUCUUCCCCCAUCUCCUCUCACACACAGUAUGUUGUAGCAACACACACCAUAGUUUGAUAUCAAAAGCUGACACUGUAACAAAGAACAAAACUUUUGCAUCUUUUAGUGCAAAGUUAUUUUGGCUUCGGCCACUUGACUAAUCGCUCCAUCCAAAAAAGGUCAUGUUCAAGCCUGAUUUUCUAGAGGUAGACUGUUGUACCCGUCGUAUUUUUUAACAUUACCUUACUUUUUCUUUAUUUCUCUAUAAGAAUGAGGUGAUGUGAGAAAAUCCAAGGGUUUGACCUUUUUUAUCAUGCAAAAUCACUUUAAUGACUAUGUUUUAUCACAAGACGUUGGGUUAGUGAUGCGUGGGUUAAAGACAGCUACGUGUGCGUAUGUGUGCGUGUGUGUUCAUGACUUCAGGUGAAGCGAACGCCUUUCCCUGAAGUGUCCUGUUGCGUCGGUAAAGACACCUGAGAUUAAAAAGAUGAAGAGGGAAAACACAGAGCAACCAAGGGCUGUUUUAGCUUCAAAGAUGUGUCCUCCGAUCUUUCCGAGACAAAUCCUUGUGUCAAUGAAUAUGGCAUCAAAGGCAAAAGCUUGACUAUACAGCAAUAAAUGUUCUAUGUGUAUGCCCUGAGUAAAUGAUGUCAAUGUGAUUUUUAUCUCCUCGGAAUACAACAGUAUUCGUUGCUGUCUGCUUUUGCUUCUACACGUCUGAACUCACAACCAAUGAGAAAAAGCACUUGUGCCCUCUCGGAGACCAAUCAGUAGAGAGAUGGGUUGCAAUUGGACGGCAUGAACAAAUUAGGUUAUUGAACUCAGGUCGGGGGGUAAAAACCACUAUUAAAGUUUUUAAGACAGUUGUAAAGGUGUGCUCAGACGGAAUGCAAAGCAAAUGUUCACCUCGCUUUUAUUCGCACAAAUUUGACCGCUGGAGUGUUUCUGUGCUCCGAACUCGAACGCCAGAGAACAGCCAGCGCACCACAUGUUAGCUAACAAUGCACCGACUGGGUGUGUGAGCAGAGCGUGCCUUUGUACAGUUAUUGUGCUGUAGCUCUGACAAAACGGACCGGGAGCUCAAGCUGUUUUUCCAUCAUUUGACUUCCUCCACCACCCCCACCCCCACCCCCCCAACCGCCUUGUCUCUGUAAGUUUUGUGGAGUGGAGUUCAACAGCUGGGGAUAACUCAUUAUGUCCAGUAUUUUCAACAUGUGCGGACGCAUUUAUGCUUCAAGUCACGCUGCCUUGAGCAAACCCGUGUGCACCCCCCACAUUGAAUUUGUAUGCAAUGUGUUUGCUGCCUCUGAAAUUUGCUUUGUGUUCGGUCUGAACAGACCUUAAGGGUGUACAAUUCACAUUUGUACAUAUCUUUGUAUUCUGAUCUGCAUGUAUGCAUUGCUGCCAGUGACCAUGAUUAUAUCAUUAGUAUGCAUUUCAUAAAAUUGUACAAAGUUAAA